AUGGCUCGUUUUGAUCCAUUUUCACCCACAUUCGAUCACCCUCUGCUCAAUUCCAGUCCUGAUUAUGGUUCGCGAACCACUCCCUUCAGGAACCGCGCCAUUGGUGAGAUUGGUCCAGUGAGUACUCACUCUUCAUUUCGAGAACGCAACAAGCGUCUCCGAAGUCUUGAAGAUGAGAGAAAUCAGCUCAUUGAUGAUUUAUUAUACCAACUCGAAACUACCCAAAACCAUGUCGAUCGCCUACAAAUGGACUACAACAGAGAGGUUGACUUCAAUCGAAAAGCUCGUCAGGAAGAUUCCUCCUUACGAGAUCAGUUAAGUCAGGUUAAAACGAUUAUGGAUCGAAACGCCUAUGUCCUAAUACUCAUCGAUGCUGAUAGCUUACUCUUCAAUAAAGAUUUGUUGUCCAAGGGAGAAAAAGGUGGCGUUGAAGCCGCCAACAAAAUCAUAAAUGCCGCCCAAUCCUUCGGUACCCAAACGCUGCAUCACCUCGAAUCAUUCAGAACUGUCGUACGCAUUUAUGCCAAUGUCAAGUCUCUGGCCGACAACCUUACAAAGCUCAAGGUUAUCGAGCGACCUUCGCUCUUGGAUGAAUUUGUGCGAGGCGCCAAUGGUGCUGAAGUUUCACUUGACUUCGUCGACUCUGGUUCGAGAUCCAAUGCGACGCGAGAAAAACUCAGUGAACAAUUCCAAAGUAAUAUCUAUGACUGCCAUUGUCAUCAGAUCAUUCUAGGCUGCGACAAUAAGUAUGCUCCUAUUCUUGAGGAGACCAUCAGAGAUCCUACGGUGUUGAACCAUAUUACACUACUUGAGGCUGCACCGUUGGAGAAAGAGAUCGCUACACUGAAGGAUCAAGUCAAAGUCACAAAAUUCGACGGUCUGUUUAGAACAACAAAGCUGGCCGCUGUGCCUGCAGUCCCCAAAGGACCUCUACAAGCCGUCACCGCAUCACUUCCGGCUCUUUCUCGAGUUGAGUCAAAUGGCACCACUGGAACAACUUCAAGCUCAAGCACACCUGCCAUGACGUGGGCUUCGAUCUCAGCACAGCCUUUCCUUCCAUCCGGUCCACCCUCCAAGGCUAGCACUACGCGGACUUCGACUCCAACGUCCAUGAAAAGCCCGGAUGUGGUAGAAGUGAAACCAGCAAGCAAGAGCAUCGAGCGAAAUCGUUUCGAUCAACGAAUUGACAAGGUUGAUUCCUCCAUUCCCAAUCAUGAGAUCCAACGGAUCAAGAAGCUCAAACUUUGCAACAUCUUCUACCUCCAGGGCGCGUCGUAUUGCACAAGUAACAAUUGUUCGCAUUCACACACGUAUCCUCUUUCAAAGGGCGAGCGAAGCAUUCUGCGGGAGGUUGCGCGAAUGACACCUUGUUAUUACAGAAUGGACUGUUCAGACCCUGAGUGCAUCUAUGGCCAUAGAUGUCCGCAGAACAAAACCGAGGACCCUGGUUGUUGGUACGGUGAGGAUUGUCGUUUUUACGGCUGGGGCCACGGCAUAGACACCCGAGUCGUGAAAACGGUAAAGGUUUAA